AUGGAGGUGGAGGAACAAAGCGAUAUGAAUGAUUUACGACGAAUUUCAAGCAUGAUUCAAAAUUAUUCAGUAUCGUGCCCAGAAAAACCAGACAAGCGGUAUUUAUUUCAAAUCAAAGUGUAUUGGCUGUCAAUAAUCACUUUACUUAGUGUAUUGGUUACCUUUGUGUUUUGUGUUUUGUGGACUAUACUUUUCAAAUUGGAAGAUGCUACAUCAACACAUUGUGGCUACCGAGUCAAAAAUUAUUUGCCUACAAUAUCAACUGCCGUGGGAAACUAUCCAGUACAAAGAUUUAUUUGGACUUUAGUUAUAAUCGCUCAUAGUCCUAUAAGACUUAUCGUGGUUGCUAUAUACUACCAAUACUACACUAAUAUAAUUAAACCAUCGUUACAUUGGUGUGUGGUAUUAUUAAGAUUUUUAACCACUGUUGAAGUAUGCUCACUAGUUGUAUUAUCAAUAUUUACAUCAUCGGAUUAUUACAGUAUUCAUGAAAAAAGUUUUGUCACGUUUAUCUGUGCUUCUGAACUUAACAUGCUUAUUUCUUCUAUAUUAUUGAAAAAAGGACGUAUUACUAAAACAGUUAUGACAAAAUUAGAAAUUCGGUCAUUAAAAUACAAAAUAUGUUUUACGGUAUUCAAUAUGACCAGUUUUGCAAUUGCUGGCUAUUGCUUUUUACGACAUAAUGCUUAUUGCGAAUCUGGUGUAUAUACAUUUUUUGCUCUCUUUGAGUAUUUAGUCGUGUUGAGUAACAUGACAUUCCAUCUUACUGCAGUUUGGGAUCUAGCAGGUGUUUCAUUAGUGGUGGAUGAUAAUUUAAACCUCACCUAUCGUUGA